AUGGACCUAAAGAAAAGGAACACUAAGAAGUAUAGUUUCAAGGAACCAGACCUUUCCCGACUAAGAGAGCUAGGAGCUCUAGUUCCAUUCCCCGAAAAUUUCCAAAAGCGAUAUGGGAAACUUUUGAGCAUCCUCAAUACAAAUGUUGAAGAAGGAAUUCUUAACACGCUCAUCCAGUUCUAUGAUCCAAUUUACCACUGCUUUACUUUUGUCGAUUAUCAGUUGGUUCCUACCCUAGAGGAGUAUUCUUAUUGGGUUGGUUUGCCGAUCUCCGAAAGGAUACCUUAUACCGGUUUAGAAGAAUCUCCUGCACCUUCAGUUAUUGCAAAUGCUCUUCACUUGAGGACUUCAGACAUAGUCUCCAAUCGCACUAAAAAGGGAGGAUUUCAAGGAUUGACCUCUAAUUUUUUAUUCGGGAAGGCAUUUUUGUUUGCCAAAAACGGAGAUGUGGCCGCUUUCGAAGCUAUCCUUGCUCUACUCAUCUAUGGGUUAGUAUUGUUCCCCAAUAUUGACAGUUUUGUGGAUAAUAGUGCCAUCCAAAUCUUCUUGGGAGGGAAUCCCGUUCCGACCCUACUUGCGGAUGCUUACCAUUCUAUUCAUCAUAGGACCCACAAGGGGGAAGGACUUAUUCUUUGUUGUGCACCAUUACUAUAUAGGUGGUUUAUUUCACACCUACCUUGGACUAGACACUUCAAGGAGAAUCCAGAAAAGCUCCGUUGGGCCCAAAGGAUUAUGCCUCUUACUUCAUCCGAUAUAGUUUGGUACGCUGCGGCUUAUGAUGUCGGAGUGAUUAUUGAUGGUUGUGGGGAGUUCUCCAAUGUGCCUCUUCUUGGCACACGGGGAGGAAUCAGUUACAACCCUACUCUUGCUAGACGACAGUUCGGAUACCCCAUGAAGGAUAGGCCUAAAAGCAUUUUAUUAACCGGCAUAUUCUAUCUCAAUGAAGAAGGAAGUCAACACAUGAGAGAAAGUUUCGCCCGGGCUUGGCGUAAUGUUCAUAGAAAAGGGAGGGAUCAGUUAGGAAAGAAGCUUGGAAUUGUCUCCGAAGAUUACACUAAAUGGGUAAUAAGUAGGGCUAUAGAGCGCGGGAUGCCUUAUAGUUUCGAGAAGUCAUCUUCUGUUGACGCAUCUUCUUCCACCACACCUCCUUCAGUUAUCCCAUUCAAGACUAUAGAUGAAUUCCAAGAACUUUUGGCAAGAUUGAGACUUGAGAAGGAUGCGUGGGAGAGAAAAUUCCGAGAGUCUGAGCUUGAGAACCAAGAGUUGAAGGAGAAGUUGAAGGAACAAGAGAGGGUGCUUUCUCUACAAAGUGGUUUGUUGAUGGAGAAGGAAGAGAUGAUUAGGGUCAAAGACGCAUUACUGAGACAAGAUGGCAAGAGGAAGAAGAGGCAAGGGGAUUUAUUUUCCUCUGGCCUCGAUUCACGUUUUGAUGGCUAG